AUGAAAAGUCUUAUAAGCUUUCUAGCCCUUCUAUGACUAGCUGUAGGAGAUCCUUCAAGAACUGCUAAAGAUGGAUACUUAGAUCCUGGAAAAAUCAGAUGAUGAAAAGAUACUUGGGCUCCUAAUCCUAUUGAGCUUUCCCAAACCAAUUCUGGGACUUCCAGUGUCACUGUCACUGUACAUUUUAGACCUCAAACAUCUUUACCAACAACUGGGAAUUUGGGGAUUGUUAUUGUGACUGUGCCAUCAGCUUUGUCGAGCACAACAAUUUAUACUUCUAGCUCUAUCGCAAUAAAGGCAAAUACUGAUACUUCGUAUUCUUUUAUUUUGGCAACAGCUUUACCUUCUGCCGGAGUUUACGGGCCUUUCCAAAUUGUGACUAAAACUUCACCAUCUGGGCAGAUCUACGAUGCAAACUACGUUUUUGGUUGUGUCGCAGUUUCAGCCUCUGUUUCAGCUUCUUCUAAUUCUUUGACCGUAAGCGCAGUCACUUUGACUUCUUCUACAGCUAUUGUUGGCUCCUCAGAUGGACUUUACUUUACUUUUACAAUUCCUACUGGCACAAAUCUUUGAAAACACGACAUUUUUGAAAUCGUCCCUGACACCUACUGGACAAUUCCUUCAAGCCCAACUUGUUCUUCUGUCGAUAUUUCAAGCACUACUAACUAUAUCAAAGGCCCUAAAGGAGGCAAUAGUCUACCUUGUGCUAUUGCAGCUACCGGAGGGGCUAAUGGAGGAUAUAGCACUGCUAAAUCAACCGCAACCCCUGCUACAAACAGUAUUUAUAUAUAUGGGCUUUCUCAAGACGUGAUUAUAACAUCAAGUUAUCAGGUCAAGCUUAAAGUUUCCAGCUUUACUCUCCCUCUCGCAACUAUUUCAUCGUCAAACUUUAGUUGGAAUCUAAAAAUCUGGAGGUGGGGAACUACCAACCUUCUUGCUCAAUAUGCUGGAACUGGGCCAUUGACACCAGUUGCAGGCUCCGUAACAAUUAACUCGUGGGCUCCUUAUAAUAUCAAUUUAGCUUCAACUGACAUCCCAGAUAGCAGUUCAAACAAUUUUUACUUGUUUACUAAGCUCAAUUUUCAAGCAGCCCACGCAAUAACAUAUGGGACAAUCGUCAUUACCUUUAACAGCAACGCAGAUAUUUCUUCUGGGUACUGGUGGCAAGAUCAUGAGGACACACUCCAUGAUACUAGAGGAAAAUGUUAUCUGAAUACCUACGUAAAAGGUAUUACAUGCAGUGUCAGUAGCUCAAAAGCAACUAUAACUAUAGCGUCAGGUGUUACUUUGGCAGCAAAUACAGCUAUCUCAAUCACAUUAUUGACCAAACUUACCUCAGGAGCCGGAAUUACCUCAAUAAUAACUACUGAUGGAAUUUCUUCUACGACUAUUGAUCGAAUUACUACUGCAACCUCAUGGCCAUUUAACUCUGCAUAUUCGACUUAUGUACCUAUGACUAGUUUCCAAUUCUUUGCAACUGCUACAAAUGAAAUACCUAUAAGUGGAAUGCUCACUUCAGGGGAACAAAAAGGAGGAUAUAUUAAUGGAAUCCAAUAUUUAAUGUGGUAUAUGACCCCAAAAAAUGACUGGUCUGCAUCCACCACAUUAAAAGUCAGUUUACCAAUUUCUAAUUCAGGGGUGCAGCUGCUUACAUCUUAUAUUACUACUUGCGCCACAUAUAAAGAAAAAAUACUUGCAAUCUGAGAUUAUUCUUCAAGCACUGUAGCGCUUGAAUCGGCUGUAAACACCCCAACUCUCAAUGCUGGAAAUCCAGGAUCUAUUUCGAUUGCAUUUAAUGCGAACGGAUUCCCUACCACAUCAAAUAAGAAUAUGUUUGCUUUUUCAUAUGGGGAUAACUCAGGUGCUUCUGUUCAAAAUGCGCUGCCAUUUGUAGCAUCAAAUGUAGCUACUUUCUAUGAGUGUUGGGCUAAGACUUCAUCUACAACAAAUGGAGCAGUAACUGAAUUCUCUAACUAUGUUUUCUCAGUAAUAACAUCACAAGUUGAUUCUGCAUUAAAAGUUGCUUCACUGUACAAAGACAAUUAUGCUGGAAUUCCAAUUGCUGUAGUUUUCCAUGCUUUGAAUGCUCAAGCUCUAAACCCACUCCCAUCUUAA